GGACUGCGUGCGCAUGCAGCCAUUCUCCACCCAUUGACAGAAUAUAUAAGCCCAUUUACAAUUUUCACAUCUAAACAAAGAACGACCACCAUUAACAACUCAAACUCGACUUCUUCCGAAAGUUUACAGUUGCCGCACAGUUGACAGCUCGUGUCGAACGAACGCUCCAAGAAACCUAAGCGGGGAGAGGUAAACGAUUUCAUCAUCGAGUUAUUUGUUUCACCUAUUUGGUUUGAGAGAUACCACCUAUCAAGACUGUCACACAAUGGACACCAUUCAGAUCAACAUUUUAUCCCAGCCCUCAGACAAACCAACAAACAAACCCUCUAUACUUACAUAACAAUUAUUGUUUUCCCCUUCCCUGUAGCCUUUCAUUACAUUCAGCUUGGAAAGGAGAUACACUGUUUGUGUAUAUACAUACAUUUUAAAUAGUAGAUUAGGCUAUUUCAGGAAAGGCAGAACAGUGACACAUUGUUAUCACUGAGACACAACUUAGAACUGCAGUGGCAGUCUAUAGCGACCCUACCUCAUAAACCUUUACACAGAGACACAAAGUCAUUUAUUACCAUGGAAUCUACAACGCUUGCAUCUUGGGUGGUAGCCACCACUAUGGCUCUGGCUUAUCAAGCCGACAUGUCUGGAUACCUGUGGCUACUAGUGCUAGGCUUCGUCAUUGCCUUCGUGUUGGCGUUCUCAGUGGGCGCCAAUGACGUGGCUAACUCGUUCGGUACGGCGGUGGGGUCGGGCGUGGUCACCCUACGGCAGGCCUGCAUCCUGGCCACGGUCUUUGAGACGGUGGGCUCCAUGUUGUUAGGGGCCAAAGUCAGCGAGACCAUCCGCAAGGGGAUCAUCGACGUCAACAUGUACAACGGCUCCGAACACGUGCUCAUGGCGGGCUCCAUCAGCGCCAUGUUCGGGUCUGCUGUGUGGCAGUUGGUAGCUUCGUUUUUGAAACUACCCAUCUCUGGAACCCACUGCAUAGUGGGAGCCACUAUUGGUUUCUCCUUGGUGGCCAGGGGCCACCAGGGGGUACAGUGGGUGGAGCUUCUACGUAUUGUGGCAUCGUGGUUUCUCUCACCUCUGCUGUCGGGCAUUAUGUCAGCAUUUCUCUUCUACUUUGUUCGUAAGUUCAUCUUGAACAAGGAUGACCCUGUCCCCAACGGCCUAAGAGCACUUCCUGUCUUCUACGCCGUCACCAUGGCAAUCAACGCCUUCUCCAUCAUGUACACAGGAGCCCCUAUGCUGGGGUUUGACCAGUUUCCAUGGUGGGGGACGUUGCUUUUCUCUCUGGGCUUCGGCCUCGCCACCGCUCUGGUCGUGUGGUUCAUCGUCUGCCCGCACCUCAAGAAGAAGAUCAGACGCGAGGCAGCUCAGAGGCCCUGUGAGACUCCUCUGAUGGAGAAGACCCCGUCCAAACCAGUCUCGGAGGACCCCCCCCCUCCUCCACGGCCCCCAAGUCCACCACCCCAGACCCCACCAGCAGAGGGAGACAGAGUGGCCUUCAACAUAGGAGACUCUGAGGAUCCAGAUCUGGAUAAUAAGGACAUGGACACCAAAGACUUAGACUCUAACGGUAUGACGGGGCUCAACGGCUCUGUCGGCCCCAUGACCAUAACCGACCCACGCAGCGGCCAGUCCCACAUCGUCAGCAAGGACUCUGGCCUCUACAAAGACCUCCUCCACCGGCUCCACCUGGCCAAGGUCGGGGACUGCAUCGGGGAGAUAGAGGAGCGGCCAAUCCGCAGAAACAACAGCUAUACCUCCUACACCAUGGCCAUCUACGGCAUCCAGGGAGACCCCAGGUACAAGGAGGCGGACGACACGCAGGAGCCACGCUCCCGGCUGGACAGCUACAACAGCUACUGCUCGGCGGUGGCGGGGGGGGACGCCGUGGCACCCGGCGAGGGGGCCGGGGCGGUGGAGGCGGGCGGGGAGUUGCCUCUGGAGGAGGACGAGCUGGAGGUGGAUAAGCCUGAGGUGUCCCAGCUCUUCCAGUUCCUCCAGAUCCUCACCGCCUGUUUCGGCUCCUUCGCCCAUGGAGGCAACGAUGUCAGCAAUGCGAUAGGACCCCUGGUGGCUCUGUGGCUGGUCUAUGAGAGUGGCUCGGUCGUGUCCACUGCUCCCACCCCCAUCUGGCUGCUGCUGUAUGGGGGAGUGGGCAUCUGUGCUGGGCUCUGGGUGUGGGGCCGCAGGGUCAUACAGACCAUGGGGAAGGACCUCACUCCCAUCACGCCGUCCAGUGGGUUCAGCAUUGAACUGGCUUCAGCUCUAACAGUGGUCGUGGCCUCCAACAUUGGCCUUCCAGUUAGCACUACCCACUGCAAGGUGGGAUCAGUUGUGGCGGUUGGUUGGCUGCGUUCUAAGAAGGCUGUGGACUGGCGUCUCUUCCGGAACAUCUUCAUCGCCUGGUUCGUUACCGUGCCGAUCUCCGGGCUCAUCAGUGCUGCCAUCAUGGCACUCUUCACCUUCGUCAUCCUGUGAGCCCCAGGACCGGACUCCGCCCUUCCUCUACAAUUUUUUUUUUCACCAGAUAUUAAGUUAUGUGUACAUUUCAAGUCAAGACUGUUGGUUAUAAAUGUUACUGUUGAAUUACUAUAAUGUGUUGAACACAAUAUCAUUUCAGUUGAUUAUUAUAUAAUGUGCUCAAUGAAUUGUUGUUCUUGUCUAAUCAUUAUUGUUCAGACACGUAAACAAAUCGUGUGUUAUAUACUAUGAAUAUGUUACAACACUUUUGUAAUUGAAACAUGAUUCUAAAUAAAUACGAAUUU